AUGAGUGGUAAAAAUAACGACAUAAUUGUUGCUCGAAGACGUCUUGAUCACUUUAGUAAGGCGUUAAAAUCACAGGAUCAUACAAGUAAUGAUGUAUCAAUUGAUACUGCAGAUUCCGAAAACUUUGCAACAAUUCGCAUUGGCGAUGUUUCGUUAAAAAUUUUGAAGCCCAAAAAUCCAGAAUUAGUGCCAUAUUGUGUUAACCCUUUAUUCGAAGAUUCACAAGAAGUUAUCCGGCAUUUAAGAUGGAUGAUGCAAAAAGAAAAGCUUGGUCAAGAUAUUUUUCUUAUUGGUCCUCCGGGCCCAUUAAGGAGAAGUCUCGUUCUUAGGUAUGCUCAACUUACAGGCAGAGAAAUUGAAUAUGUAGCGUUAUCUAAAGAUUGCACGGAUUCCGAUCUUAAACAACGUCGGGAGAUUUCUGGUGGUACCGCUUAUUAUGCAUGCGUACGUGCUGCUAUACAUGGGCGAAUUUUAAUAUUAGAUGGUAUUGAAAAAGCAGAAAGAAAUGUACUUCCAAUUUUAAAUAAUUUAUUGGAAAAUAGAGAAAUGUUACUUGAAGAUGGUAGAUUUUUAGUACAUUCAAAGCGUUACGCUUCUCUUAUCAAAUCAAAUUCAAAAGUCAGUAUGGACGGUUUAAAAUUAGUCAAGGUAUCUGAACGCUUCAUUGUGAUGGCAUUGGGUUUGCCAGUUCCCCCAUAUAUUGGUCAUUCUUUAGAUCCUCCGCUUAGGUCUCGUUUUCAAUGUAGAGACGUUAAGCAACCUGAAUUUGAUUCUCAAAUAAAACAUUUACGUAAAUUAGCUCCAAACGCUACUUUAGAAAUAGUUGAACGAUUAGUAUCUGUAGCAAAUGUGCUUGGAAAUAUACAGUAUGAUAAUAACGGUGGAAUCUCUAUUCCUGAAUUCCCAGCUUCAAUUGAUACUAGUGUAUUAGUGUUGCAAAAAUUUCCUAAUGCUGAACAAAAAAGCGUCAUCGAAGCAACUUAUCACCGCUUUGGAAUGCUUGGAUUAGAUUUUGAUAAAACUUCUGCAAAUGAUAUUAAAAAAGAUGAACCUAUUUUUCAAUGUAUGCCAGGAUACAAUAUUAAAAAUAUCCAACCAUCAAACGAUAUAGGAAAAACUGUUGGCAUUGAGCUUCCUAUAUAUAAGUUCGAACUGGAUUUCCAGCAUAUGGACUAUAAUAAAAUUCAUCAUGUUAACAUGUUUGGCGGUUCAGAUGAACUCUUGGCUGAUUUCUUCGUAGAGACAAAAUAUCACCAAAAUAUUUUUAAUACAAUGUUGAUUGCACAUUCUGUUGGUGAUUUUUGUCUCAUUGGUGAAAAAGGAGUUGGAAAGAGUGCAUUGAUGAGACAUUUUGCAGCAAAGCUUGGCUACAAUAUUGAAUAUAUUCCUUUAUAUAAAGAUAUGUCUUCUCGUGAUCUUCUCCAGCGUCGUAGUACUACUUUUGCCGGUGAUACUAUGUGGGAAAAUUCGCCAUUAGUGCGGGCCACGAUUUCUGGACACCUUGCUGUUCUAGAUGGAAUUGACACACUUUCUGGAGGAACACUUAUGGUUUUGGAGAGGCUGGUUAAAGAGCGUGAACUUUCUCUUCCUGAUGGAAAGCAGUUGAUUCAUCCUGCUAGAUAUGAAAGGCUGAUUCAUAAAGAUGGAUUGACUCAUGAGUCGUUGGAAAAAAAAGGGAUAUUUGCGAUACAUCCAGCUUUUCGAAUCGUGGCCUUAGCUCGUCCUGGCUCUUGGCUCACUCCAGAAAUUGUUGCAAUGUUCCAAUUUAUUGUUAUUUUUCCAUUAGAUUAUCUGGAAGAGACACAAAUUCUUGAGACAUUGUCUCCAGGUAUAGACACCAAAAAACUCUCCCUCCUUUUGCACUUCGUAAAUCAUCUCCGUCAAGAUACUGGAGAAACAGUGAAAACUUUAUCUGAUACACUUUCUACACGACAACUUAUCCGGAUUUGUCGCCGUAUUACGCUGUUUCCUAAAGAGAGUCUUUAUCUAGCAAUUCAAAAAGCUACGCUCUCCAGGUUCUUGCCGUCCUUGGUCAGAACAGCGCUAGAAGAAUUGAUGAUAAAUAAUGAGAUUUUACCACCCACAGAACUUGUUGAUAUUGAAAAGGUUCUCCCAUCACGAGACGACCCCAAAAUUCUUCGUAUCGGAGAAGUGUCACAGCCCAUAGCAAAAGACUCAAAUCCUCUUUUAGUUCCUGAGGUAGUUUUUCACGAGAAUCCAAAGCAGACAGAGAUACUAAUGCAAAUGUUACAAGAUUAUCAAUUGGGUGAACAUUUGUUGCUGAUUGGAAAUCAAGGAGUUGGAAAAAACAAGCUGGCGGACUACUUUUUACAAUUGCUGAAGUUACCAAGGGAAUAUAUACAAUUACACCGUGAUACAACUGUGCAAAGUUUAACCUCUAUACCUACAAUCAUUAAUGGUGUCUUGCAAUUUGAAGAUUCACCUCUAGUCAAAGCUGUAACGAAUGGCCAUGUAUUAGUUGUGGAUGAAGCAGAUAAAGCUCCUACGUACGUUACAGCAAUACUCAGGAAUCUUCUUGAAGAUGGUCAAAUGGUUUUAGGUGAUGGACGGAGAAUAGUCUCAACUAUUACGUCAAAAAACUCUAAAGAAGAAUGCAUCGUGAUUCAUAAGAACUUUAGAAUGAUUGUUUUGGCAAAUAGACCUGUUCCUAAUGAUCUUUUAUUAAAACUUACAGCUGCAUUUAGUGAUCUAAGAAAACUCGUAGAUGAAGGGUUAAUUUCUUAUCCUUAUUCUACGAGAGAGUUAGUGAAUAUUGUUAAACACAUGCAACAAUACCCAGAUGAGGGUGUUUCAUAUAUUUUGCAAAACGUUUUUGACUUUGAUCAAUAUGACAAGGCUUCUAAAGAUCUUUUGAUAGCAGUUUUUCAAAAGCAUGGAUUCCCAGUUGGAAUAGAGUCUAAUUACGCAAUUAAGUUAGGAAAAAAAGUUCCAUUGACUAGUCCGAUAAUUACUGAAGUUUGGACGAAAUCAAAUUUGGAAAGGAAAAUAUGUGUAGUGAAGAAAUUUGCAAUGAAAUUUAGAGGCUUGUGGGAAAUUCAUAUGAGCGAAGCUAAGGAAUUGGAACGAACUGAAGGCAAGAUAUUAAAUUUAUGA